AUGCAUAAAAGCAGCUGGCACAGUAGAAGACAUGGGAGAAGGGGCCACCGACACAAUGCUGGGUUCAGGCAACAUGGUUCUAACGAAAGGCAAGUUACUCUUUGUGUCAACAGGAAUGACGCAGGGGCGCAGCAGAGCCCGCAGGCUUCCAGCGAUGACCAUGGGGAGGCCCCCUCAACCUCCAGCCCAGCUGGCAGCUCUUCUGUGCCAGAUCUACCAGGUUAUUACUUUGAUCCUGAAAAGAAGCGUUACUUCCGCUUGCUGCCUGGACAUAACAACUGCAACCCUCUCACGAAGGAGAGUAUCCGGCAGAAGGAAAUGGAGCGCAAGAGGCUGAAGCUGCUAGAGGAAGAGAAAUGGCAGGGAAAGAAAAUAGCCAGGUUGGGAUUUAAUACAUCUUCCUUACUCCAGAAAAGCAAGCUGGGUUUUCUCAAUUCCACCUGUUACUGCCGUUUAGCCCACGAGCUGCGAGUGAGCUGCAUGCAGAGGAAAAAGGUCCAAAUUCAGAGCUCGGAUCCCUCUGCUUUGGCAAGUGACCAGUUUAACCUGAUAAUGGCGGAUACCAACAGUGAGCGGCUCUUCACUGUGAACGAUGUCAAAGUCGGGGGCUCCAAGUACGGCAUCAUCAGCCUGCACGGCCUGACGACCCCCACGUUCAGGGUGCAUAUGCACGAAAACCUCUAUUUCACCCACCGGAAGGUGAACGCCAUGUGCUGGGCCUCGCUGAAUCACCUGGAUUCCCACGUUCUGCUGUGCCUCAUGGGAAUUGCAGAGUCUCCGGGCUGUGUCACCCUGCUCCCCACAUCGCUGUUUGUCAGUAAUCAUGCAGCAGGAGACCGGCCUGGCAUGCUCUGCAGUUUCCGGAUCCCCGGGGCCUGGUCCUGUGCGUGGUCCCUCAACAUCCAGGCAAACAACUGCUUUAGUACAGGCUUGUCUCGGCGAGUCCUGGUGACCAGCGUGGUGACGGGACACCAGCAGUCGUUUGGGACCAGGAGUGACGUCUUGACCCAGCAGUUUGCUCUCACGGCACCUUUGCUGUUUAACGGCUGUCGUUCUGGUGAAAUCUUUGCCAUUGAUCUGCGUUGUCAAAAUCAGGGCAAGGGCUGGAAGGCCACCCGCCUGUUCCACGACUCUGCAGUGACCUCCGUGCAGAUCCUCCAAGAAGAGCAGUGCCUGAUGGCGUCCGACAUGGCCGGAACGAUCAAGCUGUGGGACCUGAGGACCACUAAGUGCAUCAGGCAGUACGAAGGGCACGUGAACGAGUAUGCCCACCUGCCCCUACACGUGCACGAGGAGGAAGGAAUCGUGGUGGCAGUGGGCCAGGACUGCUACACGAGAAUCUGGAGCCUCCACGAUGGCCAACUGCUCAGAACCAUACCCUCCCCAUACCCCACCUCCAAGGCCGACAUUCCCAGCGUGGCCUUUUCUUCUCGGCUUGGCGGCGCCCGGGGAGCUCCAGGGUUGCUCAUGGCCGUCCGGCAGGACCUUUACUGCUUCUCCUACAGCUGA